GCGUCUGGGGAAGGAGGGAGCCGGCGCAGGCAGGGAGGCUGGGAGGCAGACAGGCUGACGGACAAGCGGCCGCCUCCCAGUCCCAGCCCGGCGCCGCCACCCCCGCCGCUGCCCAGAUGGGCCCGCGGGCAGCGCCAUGAAGCGGGCAUGUGCCUGGACUGCGGCCCCAGCGAGCCGGGGCGGGAGCCGGGGCGGGAGCAGCGCGGAGCCAGCGCAAAGAAAGCUCACAGAAAGAGACUUGCUAGAACAAUGCUAAGGCUGGCGAGGUGAGGAGGAGCCGGUGGGAAGCCUGAGGGAGCGGCUGAGAACAGGUGAUUGGAGGAGCUGAUCCUGAGAAGCUAGGCAGGCAGCGGGAAGAAGAGUCUGCCCCUGGUAUCCCACGGACUUGACGAAGCCCAUCCAAGCCUUGAGGGGAAGCACUGCAAAUCCAGGCGUAGGGAGGGGCUGAGGGAGUCCCGGCACCAUGGCGACCAAUUUUAAUGACAUUGUCAAGCAAGGCUACGUGAAGAUGAAGAGCAGGAAACUCGGGAUCUAUCGAAGGUGCUGGCUAGUUUUCCGAAAGUCUUCUAGCAAGGGACCUCAGAGGCUGGAAAAGUAUCCUGAUGAGAAAUCAGUGUGUCUUCGAGGUUGCCCCAAGGUGACUGAGAUCAGCAAUGUGAAGUGUGUCACAAGGCUCCCUAAGGAAACAAAGCGGCAGGCUGUGGCCAUUAUCUUUACUGAUGACUCAGCUCGAACCUUCACCUGUGACUCUGAGCUGGAAGCCGAAGAGUGGUAUAAGACGCUGUCUGUGGAAUGCUUAGGUGCCCGGCUCAAUGACAUCAGUCUGGGGGAGCCAGACCUCCUGGCUCCGGGAGUACAGUGUGAACAAACAGAUCGAUUCAAUGUCUUCCUGUUGCCCUGCCCCAACCUGGACGUCUAUGGUGAAUGCAAACUACAGAUCACCCAUGAGAAUAUCUACCUCUGGGAUAUGCACAACCCCCGUGUAAAGCUCAUCUCAUGGCCACUCUGCUCUUUGCGCCGCUACGGCCGGGAUGCUACGCGUUUCACGUUUGAGGCUGGCAGGAUGUGUGAUGCAGGUGAAGGGCUCUACACAUUCCAGACACAAGAGGGGGAGCAGAUCUACCAACGAGUACAUAGUGCCACCCUGGCGAUUGCUGAGCAGCACAAACGGGUUCUACUGGAGAUGGAGAAGAACGUGAGGCUGCUGAACAAAGGUACUGAGCACUAUUCCUAUCCGUGCACACCAACCACCAUGCUGCCCCGGAGUGCCUACUGGCAUCACAUCACUGGUUCCCAGAACAUUGCUGAGACUUCCAGCUAUGCUGGUGAAACAUAUGGAGCUGCUCAGGCAAGCUCGGACACUGACCUUCUCAACAGAUUUAUCCUGCUGAAGCCAAAGGCUGGUACAGGAGAGAGCAAGGAGGCCAAAACGGCUUCCCAGUGAUGCUGUUGUUACUGAAAUAGCUCAUGUCAUCCCAAGGGAGGGACUGGCAGCACACUGACGGCUUCUUCCUUCCUGGCCCCUCUCCUCUCACAUUUCUCCCCAAGGGGACAGAUGACCCAGGACCCUACCCUACAGAAGGAAAGCCUGGAGAAAGCGAGUGGGAUAGAUGCCUUUUCCUCAGCUGAGUGACAGGCCUGGCCCAAGGAGAGGGCCCAUUCACUUCACCAGAGCAUGCAUGAGGGGCUAGAGCAACCAAGGGACUGUAUAUGGUUAUGAUUUUAAUAUAUAUUGUUACAUAAUUCUACAUUAAUGGGAUUUCCCCCUUUAUCUUUGCCCUCCCCACCCACAAAUGCAAUUUUAAGAUCUGGUGACCAGUGGCUGGUGUCUUUGGAGCAGCUGAUCUCCUGUUGUCUGUGGAAAUGCCCCUCAGAUCCCAGAACCUGGAAGGACUCUGGAAUGAGGAUUUGAACCCAAGCAAAAGCAGGCAUCCAACAGCCUGGCUAUACCUGAGCAGGCCCAGGCAGAGGCCAGGGAGAAGCAGCUAGCCCUAGAACUCCCAUCCAGGGUCCUAGUAGGAUGGCACAGGAAGAUGGCAUCUUGGUUGUGCCAGCAGCAAGUUUUGUACUGUGACACAUCCGGUGACAUCUUUCUCUCUAAACUGCCAUUUCUGCACAAACCCCUUCCUGCCUGUUGGGGCUGGAGGGGUCACUGACCAUUAUCUUACUCUUUGAGGAGGAGGCUCUGGGAAAGGGGGAGGGCUAGGACCCUGAUUAGUUCUGACUCAGUAUACUGCCCUAAAAUCAGGUUUAGGAAGGAGGCCUCACAUCCUCCAAGUCAGAUUAUUAUGACAUAGUAAGGAGGAAGGGUAGCAUUCCUAAGGCCCCCCCUUCCCUUCCCCUGCCCCAUCACCUCCCUGGGGAGUACCUCUUACCACUUGUCCUUUUCUUUCACAGGACAGGAGGCUUCCCACUUGACAUGGGGCCGACGCUGCUGAAAUGCAAUUAAAGCAAUUGAUUUUCUAGUGCUGGUAUUUAUUUGACUACCGUGCAGAAGGGCUAUCUUUCUAUUCACAUGGAACCUUUUUUUUUUAAAAUGUUUGUGGUCCUGAUUUGGGGAGUUGAGCUUCUUGUAAAUAUUUAUUUCAGUUGAGGCAAAAGGCAGACUAAAGAAGAAGACCCUCCCACCCAAAUCUAGGAGCAAGGGAGGUAGCCGCUGGCCCAACUUUCCUCCUUGGUUUCAUUCAAUUUCUCUUCUCUUUGAGGAACAAAUCAGAUUUUGCUUGUGAAGAUGGGGGGUGGGAUGGGGAUGGGGGCAAAUGCUCAGUCUAAAGGCCUUGGAAUGGUCUGAGGUAGCAGAGCUACCUGGGUUGGGCCAGGGAAGAAUGAUGCAUGGAGGAAGUAGGACAUAAAAUUAUGUGCUGUUUAUUGCCAAAAAUGAUUUUUUUUAAAAACCUGCUCAUCAAUAAAGGACCCUUACUAUCUGA